AUGGCGUUGCGUUUGCUUGAGGAUCUCUCUAACAACAAUAACACUGCGUCAUCGGUAGCAAGCAACGAGACUGUCAGUAUCCCAGUCUUGUGCUUGACCACAUCCCCCUGUGCUACACAGACUAGUGUUGUUGUUGUCGAAUGGGAUGCCGACACCGAAGGACUCCCGAAUAUUACCACCGAAGGCAUUCUCUUGUUGAGUGUUUUGGGAAUGGCCAUUUUCUUUGUCACGCUCGUAGUGUUGGUGCGAUGCCAUCAUCGUUUCAAUGGUAUAUGGCGCUGCAUCGUGUUGACGGGCCAGUCGUGUGAUUUGAUCGAAGUGGUGGUGGUAGCCAUGAUUGGUUUACCAUUGGCUAUCAUAUUGGGUGUGGUGGCGGCCGUCCUGUAUUUGUGGGAUUUAUUGUUGUCAUUACUCUUGCCUGACCACAACAAGAAGAAAAAGAAGAAGGAUAACAGUGACAUGAGAAUGACGGCCACACAAGACGAGGACGAGUUGUCGGGAAACCACUCUCGUCGUCAUUCAGAUGGAGAUUUGUCCUUGGAUACCGGACGCAUCGGCGAAAGCUUUAAUGAACACCAAGCGAGGAAAGAAACAUUUGACGACGACGACGAUGAAGAGAAUCAAAUGAAGAAGGUGGCCCCGCUGGAUAAGGAUGACGACGACAACAACAAGAACGCAAAGAUGGCACUACAAGACACGAGAAUGGUACGGGAUAACAACAGCAACAACAAUCGUUUUCAAGAUGAACAUUUGGGUCUGGAACACAACGCGUAG